AUGGCUGGAGGAUAUUCUCAGCAAGGUUAUCAAGCACGACCACCUACAAACUGGGGCACACCUGGGGCUCCUCCAAUGCAACAACCUGGGUAUGGUUACAUGCAGCCUGGAGCAUAUCCUGGUCCAUCACCCCAGUAUAACAUGUCUCAGCCUCCAUAUGCUGGCUAUCCUUCCCAAUCAACAUCUGGUGGAUAUUCUACCAAUUGGGACCAGUCCUCUGUACCACCGUCCCAGCAAACUACCCAGGGGAGUGGUUAUGAUUACUAUAGUCAACAACUGUCUUCUCAGCAACCAGCAGCCCCUGGUGGUACAGCAGCUCCAGCAGAUAACUCUGGUUACAAUUACAAUCAGCAAGCAGCAUCUGGCUAUAACCAACAGGGACAAGGUUAUUCUCAAGAUGGCUAUGGUGGAUACCAUGCGCCUCAGUCAGGGUAUGGGCAGCCUGCAUCAUAUGACCAGCAACAAGGUUACAACUCUGCAUCUGGCUAUGGUAAUGUGACCAAUUCAACUCAAGAGGGGCAUACUCCCUCGUAUGGAACAGGUGAUUCAACACAGGCACCUCCACCUGCGCAGGCCUAUGGUACCAGUCAACAGCCUAGCCCAAACCCUGCCAGCUAUCCACCUCAAGGAGCUGCUCAGCCAGGUUAUGGAGUGCCUCCAACUUCUCAGGGUGGCUAUGGGAAUCAAGCACCAGCUCAAUCUGGGUAUCCCAGCUAUGGGCCACCCCAAGGACAGAAACCCAAUCCCCCUGCUUAUGGACAGACCCAACAGUCACCUACUGCUGCAGGAGGCUAUGGGCAGCCAGCACCUGUUCAGCCUGGAUAUCCCCAUUCACAGCCACCAGCAUCUGGCUAUUCUCAACCAGAUUCAGGUUCUCAACGUGCCCCACCAUCCAGUUAUGGUGCAGCUGCUCAGCAAGGGUAUGGAUAUGGUGCACCACCAGUUAGUCAACCAGGUUAUGGUCAGGGGCCACCAUCUUACAACUCUUAUGCUGCUGGGUACUCACAGUAUUCUGCUGAUGGCAGUGCAGCACCAGCUUCUCAGCCUGUUCAACAGAGUGGAGUAUCCAAGUCACCCCAAAGUUAG